CCUAUAAUUAAAUCAAAAAGUGUAGACUAUGAUUUAAUUUAAAUUUGCUAACUAAUUGUUCUGAAUUAAUGAAAAGCCUAUUAACUAACACAAAAAGAUUAUGUUAAAACAUAUCUUUUGAUAAUUAAUAAAUUAAAAAUAUGUGAUGAAUAUAUAUACAUAGAAUAUUCAUUAAUGUGGCUUGCUUUAGGAACUAUAUUUCAGAGUCAACCAGUUUCCCUCAUACGCAAACCGACCAAUUCCCUGCACGUUUCCAACAUCUAGAUCAUCAUUUUCUCUACUCGUUAACUUUGGGGGCAUGCGGAAGGAAGCAAGAGAUAGACUUCUCUUUUCCCUCCACUUUCUGUUCUACCAACCACAGCUUUUAACCAAUCCACUCUUAUCAUGUUAGCAUCACACAAACUUGAGCCUUUUUUUUAUCACCAUCCAAUGUUUGUUUGACAUAUGUGCAGCUUUUGUCUCAUUCGUUUGUUUGGUAGGUAGAGGUCUUUUACUGUAGGAAAUUUUCAAUACGUCUCAACCAUGCAUUUGUGGCUUACUUUAAGGACCAUUUUUGACAUUAGGGUGUUAGAUUAUUCUUCAUUUUUUUCAUACAUACAUGCAUACAAAUAUAUGGAAUCAUGAUGGUGUCCCCCAUUUACUUGGGAUGACGGUGUCUUUCUUACUUGGAGUGCAAAAUUGUCAAUACCUUUGAAAAUUUGUAAUAAGAAAACGAAGAUUUUAGAUUACUUUUGUCCUGAAUGAUGUGUUGUUGACUGAGACAUUCAAAAGAUAAUGGCUGAGAAGAGUAGCCAAUGCGAGAAGAUGUACUUAGGAAGUUGGUAAAGGAACAAAUCUUUUUGCCGUUGCUUGAGCCUUUGUUUUGAUUUGCCCCACCAUUUCAAACUCCAAUUAUAAACCAAAUUACAAUAUAGAAACUUCUUCCAGUUCCAGUACAUGGUAAGGCUCUUUCCUUCUUCCUCUGUUUUCCUUUACUCCUUGCUUCCUUCCACCCCAAAUGGACCUCCAAAACCUCUUCAUGUCCUCAAAACCUUUUCAUAUAUGCAUCUUUUUCUUCAUCUUCUUCACUUUGGCCAAACACACACUUUCCCUAGACACAAAAUUUCAAGCCUGCAUGCCUCGAACUUGUGGCAAUGGUCUAAAUAUAAGCUACCCGUUUUGGAUACCUCAUGAGCAAGAAUCUUUCUGUGGCCUGCCCAACUUUGAGGUCAUCUGUAGAGACAGAAACUUGUUUUUCUCAAUUUCCAAUGUCGAGUAUAUCAUUAAGGAUAUCUUUUACGCCAACCAUUCAUUGCUCAUCGCCAAUGCUGCUGCCUAUAAGGACACAUGCCCUGCUCCUUUGCACAAUAUCAGCAUCCAUCGAACUCAAUUGGAUAUUAGUUCGGAUAAUAGUGAUUUCUCCAUCUUCUACAACUGCACAUCAUUGCCUGAUUACCCUAUAUUUGAAAUAGAGUGUGCUAGCAAUAGGUCCCAUCUGUAUUCUUUCGCCGUUUUCCACAAGGAAGCACUGGAGCAAAACUAUUCUUCAGGAUCGUGCCAGUCCUUGGUUGAUGUGCCUGUAGAUGUGCAGAGUGGAGUCAACUUCACAAGCUUAUUGAAAAUGAAUCAUACUGAGAUUAUGAAGAUGGGUUUUUUGUUGAAUUGGAGUGGACAUGAUUGCAGCAGUUGUCAGAUAAGUGGUGGACGGUGUGGAUUCGAUAAUGAUAAGUUUCUUUGUUUUUGCCAAGGCGGGCCUCAUCUAAAAAUAUGCAAUGAUGAUAAACAGAAACGGAACUGGCGGACAAAGCUUGCCAUAGGUGCUGGCACAGCUAUUGGAAGCGUGAUCAUAAUGUGCAUCAUCUUCUUCUUCUAUCAAAAACGCUACAAGAAGAAAUUUGCAGUGCAAUAUGUGCGUUCCUCCUUUGAGUCUCGAAACAUCUCUUCUGAUCAUCCUUCCUCCACAACGACAGAUCCUGAGAUGGGAAGUAAGUACUUUGGAGUUCAUCUCUUCACCUACACCGAACUUGAAGAAGCCACAAACAACUUCGAUUCACAUAAAGAACUUGGGGACGGUGGCUUUGGCACUGUCUACUAUGGCGAGCUUCGAGAUGGGCGUGCAGUAGCAGUUAAGCGCUUAUACGAAAACAACUGCAAGAGAGUCGAGCAAUUCAUGAAUGAAGUAGUAAUCCUUACUCGCUUACGCCACCCCCAUCUCGUCUCACUUUAUGGCAGCACCUCUCGCCACAGCCGUGAACUGGUGCUGGUUUACGAAUACGUAGCCAAUGGCACUGUUGCCGAUCAUCUUCAUGGCGAACGGGCAAAACCUGGUGCACUUCCUUGGCCUACUAGACUGAACAUUGCCAUUGAAACCGCAAGUGCUUUGACAUAUCUCCAUGCAUCUGCUAUCAUCCACCGCGAUGUGAAGACCAACAACAUUCUUCUCGACGACAAUUUCUGUGUCAAAGUUGCAGAUUUUGGAUUGUCUCGUCUCUUUCCAACGGAUGUCACCCAUGUUUCUACUGCUCCACAAGGGACUCCUGGCUAUGUCGAUCCCGAGUAUCAUGAAUGCUACCAGCUUACUGAGAAGAGCGACGUUUUUAGCUUCGGAGUGGUGCUAAUUGAGCUUAUAUCAUCCAUGCCUGCUGUUGACAUCACACGGCAUCGACACGAAAUUAAUCUAUCUAACAUGGCUGUCAACAAGAUCCAAAACCAGACAUUGCACGAGCUUGUUGACAAAACUCUUGGGUUUGAAUCAGACAGCAAGGUCAAGAGAACGAUAACUGCUGUUGCAGAGUUGGCAUUUCAGUGUCUGCAACAUGUCAAGGAAAGCAGACCAUCUAUGGCAGAGUUGCUGGAAGAACUAAAUGAUAUACGGGAAAAGGAGUACAUUAAGCACAAGACAGGGGAGGUAGAUAUAUCUGCAGAUGAUGCUGCUUUGUUAAAGACUCAUUCGCAGUCACUUUCCCCGGAUUCUGCUCUAACUUGGAUUGGCAGCUCUACAACAUCAAUUCGCAGUACAUAAAUCUACCCUUUUCUAUAUUUUGUUUUAUAUAUAAAAAAAAUCCUAUUGGCCACGCAUCCAUAAAUCAUAAUUAAGGCUAAAAGGUUUGUUACUGCACAACAUCUUCUAUACGAUAAUCUCUUGAUUUUGAGUAAGAGAUGUAAAUAUUAUCUCA